AUGUCUCGUGAAUUUGUCGAUCGAGCUAUUUAUCAUGCAUUAUUAAUCUGGAGUUAUCCAAGUAUGUUAAGAUUUCGUGCAGCAACCGAACAAGAAGAACCCGAUAUUGAGUUUUUAUUUGCUCAGGGUUAUCAUGAAGAUGGAUAUCGAUUUGAUGGAAAAGGUGCUGUACUUGCACACGCAUUUUAUCCUGAUGAAUAUUUAGGUGGCGAUGUUCAUUAUGAUGAAGAUGAAGAUUGGACUGCUUAUCGUGAAAAUGAAUAUGGAUUAAUGGAUCUAUUUUCUGUGACCGUACAUGAAUUAGGUCACAGUUUGGGAUUAAUGCAUUCUAACAUUCCUGAUGCAAUUAUGUUUCCAUAUUAUCGUGGAUAUUCGCCCGAUAUUAAAUUACAUUCAGAUGACAUAGCAGGAAUAAGAACAUUAUAUGGAGAGCCACCACAAAUCGUUCCACCACUAAUAGAAUCACAAUCAAUCAGUACCUCUGCUAUAAAAGAUAAUGAACAAAUAACAUCGUUUAUUGACACCACAACCAAUUUGAUAACCGUUGAUAGUUUUUCAUCAGCAGUUGUAUUAGUAAAUACAACUGUUUUACCUUCGACAGUAACCGAUUCAACUACGAUGUUAACCACAAUAAAUAUGACAACGACAGUCAAAAAUCCUAUUUUACGCGCAUUUGAAUCAAAUUUAAAAGCAAAAAAUACAUUUACAUCGACUACAUCGUCGUUUGUUAAUCGAGGUACAACAAUUAACUCAAUAAAUAGAGUUCGUAGUCGAAUAGAUAGACCGAUAUUUAAAUCUACUAUACUAACACCCGUUAUUACUAGUCGAACUAGUGCAUGGAUAUCUACAACGACUAGUGUACAGACGAAUAUGUAUAAUUACACGAAUGAAUAUCCGUCUUUGAUCAAUAAAGAACAGUAUAUAACCCCAGAUAUAUGUGACGGCUAUUAUGAUGCUGUAACCAUGUAUCACGGAAAUCUAUUUAUAUUUAAAGAACAGUAUCAUUGGCAGUUUGAUAGUCGCGGUGUAAAUCCCUAUUCUCCAAUGUUAAACAAUGCAUUUUGGCUUGGUUUACCAGAAAAAUUAAACCGAAUUGAUGCCGCCUUUGAGCGUUCAGACGGUUUACUUAUGCUAUUUUCAGGAAAUCAAUACUGGUUAUUUGAAGAUAAUUUUGUUUAUGAUUCGUCGUAUCCCCGUAAUUUAACAACAUUAGGGUUACCUCAACAUGUGAAACGUAUCGAUGCUGCGUUCUAUUGGGCAUAUAAUUCACACGCCUAUUUAGUCUGGGAAAAUUUAUAUUGGGCAUUUAAUGAGAAUGAAAAUUUAGUACAGCGAAUCGACUAUCCAAGAGAUAUGAAAAUGUGGCAAGGAAUUGAUAUACCGCUGGAUGAUGCUUUCGUCGAUAUGACAGGUGCCACAUAUUUUUUCAAAGGUACUGAUUUUUGGCGUUUGAAUGAUUCCUAUAUGGAAGCUGCACCCGAAUAUCCUCGUUCAAUCAAUACAGAAUGGCUCUAUUGUGAUAAACCCAGUUCAGCAUUAAAAUCAACAUCAAACAUCGCUUUUUCUUCAUUUUUGACAAUAAAUCAUCGUAUUUAUUAUUUUAUCUCAAUUUAUAUAUUAAUCCAUUUUGUUAGUGCUUCUUCUUCUCCACUUGCUCCAAGCAAUGUGCUCAAUUAA